CUGUGUCCUGCAGGCCGACACCUGUCAGCAACAUGAUCGCAGCUUUUGGCUUUCAGGAACAUCUUCUGUACUCGGUCCUGGAGGAGCUGGUGAACACCGGCCGUCUGAAGGGCAGCGUGGUGGGAGGCCGGCAGGACAAGGCUGUGUACAUCCCUGAUAUCUACUCCAAAACUCAGAACGCCUGGGUGGACGCUUUCCUCAAGCAGAACGGAUAUUUGGAGUUUGAUGCUCUGGUCCGGCUGGGGAUCCCUGAGCCCAGCAGCUUUGUCAAGAAGCGCUUCAAGUCCAGCAAGCUGCUGUUCCUCAGGGCGGCCUGCGUGGGGCAGGCUCUGGUGGACCAGGUGGAGGCAUCUGUGGAGGAGGCCGUCAACUCAGCCACAUGGACUGACAUACAGCCCAUUUUGCCCAGCUGCCUGUCAGUGGAGGACAUGGGGAUGCUGAUCGCCGAGGCGAUGAGGAGCACUAAUGUCCAGUCCUCUGCCAGAGUGCUGGGAGACACGGUGGUGGUCAGUGAGAAGUUCAUCAGCAACUGCCUCUCUCUGUUUGAUGAAGCCAUGCAGCAGAAAGCUCAGAAGGAAGUAAAGAACAAUCCAGUGUUCCUGAUAACUGAAGACGAUCUGAAGCAAGCGUCCAUGCUGACAGAGAGCACAUCAACUUCUAAAAAGGACAAGAGAGAAGCAGAGCGCAAGAAGAAGAGCACAGACCAGAACACUAGGCGCUGGUUGUGAGAAAAACCUUGAGACAGAGAAACAGAAGAAUCCAUUGAGAGGCCUCAGAAAACUGGGUGGAGGGGCACCAACAUUCAAACUAGGGCUGCAGAGCCACUGUUGUUUUCAGUCCUGAUCAUUCAUCUACAGAUUAUUUUUCUGAUGAUGAAUCAUUCGGUCCAUAGAUGUUGUAGAGGCUAAGCCAACGCUUUAGGCCUCUGAUGAUCCGCUUUGUUUGUAAUUGAUGCACACCUUGUCUGCUGCCGAAUAAAAGUC